GUGCCAACAAACCUUACCUAAAAAUUCAUUGGACAUUUGCCUGUGGUCAAAUAUUAUAGGUGCUAUGUAUCGCUUAGCGCUUCGUGCACAUUGUUGUCUUGUUAGCGCUUAUUUUUCAUGUUUUAUUGAUAAAGAUUGUAUAUGUAAUAUGUUACUUUUUUAUUUUGGUACCGAGUAAUCUCAUUCUCAUUUUACAAUUCGCUGCAAUGAAGUCGUGAUAUCUACUACGGAACUCAUUAUUGUUAAAUAACGUCCAAUUAUAACGAGUCAAUAAUGAAACUUGAAAAUUACCACGGAAGUGACAUUUUUUUGCCACUGUCCAACACCGUUGGGCUGACAGUAGAUUUAGUGAAUUUUGUGGUUUGCCAACUAAUAGCAUUAUGCAUAGCACCAUUGAUGUACGUGUACCUUCCUCCAAAGAAUCAGUACUACGUACUACUCCGAGAAAUAUUUGGGCUCUUAAUUGGACUGAACAUGGCCUAUAUCUGUUUUGGAUACCAAAUGUUUCAUUUAAUACUUCUACCGAUGCUAUGCUACAUUGUGAUAAAAACACAGAAUCCAAAUAUGAUACAUAAAGCUGUUUUACUCGUGUGUUGUCUUUAUUUGUCAUUAUUGCAUAUUUAUCGACAAGUUUACGAGUAUGGUUCAUAUACUCUCGAUAUAACGGGGCCAAUAAUGGUGAUGGUACAAAAAAUAUCUGCCCUUGCUUGUGGGUUGCAUGAUGGAUUAUUGAGCGGUAAAAAAGAACAGACGGAACUUCAAAAACGUUACAUGAUCAGAAAAGUACCUUCGCCAAUUAAUUAUAUUAGUUAUCUGUUGUCUUUUCAAACGAUUCUGGCCGGACCUAAUGCAUUUUUUGAAGACUACAUGGCUUUUUUGAAUGGUACCAAUUUUCCAGACAAACUGCCUAAAAAUGCCAAAAAACCACCAUCUCCGUUAGCUAGUGUUGCGAAAAAAAUCUUUAUCACUUUCAUUUGUGCCAACGUUAUUUAUUUUAUUGUCCCAAUGUAUCCAGCUUCUAUAUUGAAAAGCGAUUCGUUUUUGAUCGAAUCUCCUAUGUAUGCAAAAGUUUGGUUCAUCUUUAUGUUGACCACAUUAACACGUUUUAAGUACUAUUUCGCUUGGACUUUGGCCGAUGCAGUUUGUAAUGCAUCCGGUUUCGGAUUCACCGGUUACGACGAAAAUGGUGAACAGCAGUGGAAUUUACUGGAUAACAUUGACAUUAAGGGAGUGGAGUUGGGUGUCAAUUUUAGAGCUACUAUCGAUGCAUGGAAUAAAGGCACAAACUUAUGGCUACGUUAUGUUAUGUAUGAAAGGGCUUCGCCUAAGUACAACACCGUAAUGACAUAUACGUUGUCUGCAUUUUGGCAUGGUUUCUAUCCAGGAUAUUAUGUGACCUUCCUUACUGGAGCGUUAUUCACAAAUGGCGCAAGAAUGGUACGAAGAUGUUUGUGGCAUAGAUUCCAAGAACCCAAACCGGUUAAGCUGUUAUACGACGCAGUCACUUUAUUUCUGACUAGACUUUCGUUGGCUUACAUGACUUUUCCUUUCAUACUUUUAGAGUUUACACCAGCAUUACGUGUAUAUUGGCACCUCAUGUUUUAUUUGCACAUAAUCACUGCGCUAGGCAUUUACGUUAUGCCAUUGGUGAUUCCUCCGCUCAAGACAGUUAGGAAAAAAGCACAAUAAAACUUAUAAAAAAAGCGACAACAGCAAAGACAGCUAUGAUUUUUUACAAUUAUUGCAUUACUUAUAAUCGAAAAAAAGACUGCACGAAUUGAUUAUCAAGAUUUAAAACGGUGCAAAAUUAAUCUGGGAAUGAAAUGUUUUAAUAUGUACCUAGUUAAUACGUAGACAGGAGUAUCUAUUUUAGUAACAUUUAUUUAUUAGUCGGCCACACCAUUAUAUUAAGUCAGCAUUAAAACUCAUAGGUGUUAAGGAAUUUGUAUUUUUUGUUUUAAUUAUACUCAAUAUAUAAUUACGUUUAUUACUAUGUAAAAACUACAUAUUAAAAUGAUAAUAAUGCAAUAAAAUCAAUUGAUAAUAUAUAUUAGAAACAAUUUUUUGGACAAAAAUAUAAUUUUUUUUUUUAUUUUACAGUAUCAUUUAGGCAUUUUUUUAUAAGGUAUUGAAAUUUUAAUGUAAUUUUUUUAAACCUAUGGAGUAAAAAUCUUUAAGAUUUAGUCAUUAAAAAAAGUUAGUAAUAAUAUUCCUACUGUUAGUUUGAUUUUAUAAUAUUUUUAAGAGCCUCAAUUUCAAAGAACCAUUAGUAAUUUUUGUUACUUGGUUCAUAAAAUUCAACAUUAUCUUACCAGUUAAAAUUGUUUGUGCUUAUUAUAUUUUACAUACAAAGAAACCACAUAUUUCUC